UUGCCUACCCUACCACGCCCUCACACGCGGCCGCCACCCUCUCGUCCCACCCGAAAGCAAGACAAGAGGUAGAAGACGACGACCCCGAGAUGCGCCACCUCGGGGCGUCCCCGAGCUCGCCUUCUAGGGUCCGACCCUGCGCCGCGGCACCAUCACCCCCCGCCCGUCUCCAGCCGCGAGUCACCUUCCCUGCCGCUAGCAUGGUGCACGCGCGUGCAGCCGCGGGGGCGACGCGGGCAUCGCCUCCACACCACAGGCUUGAGGCAGUGAAACGUGACCAUGAAACGAUACUGGAAAGGCUUGCAGUGGUUACUGGUGGAAACAGAGGAAUUGGCCUGGAGGUAUGCCGGCAGCUUGCUGUGCACGGUGUAACGGUCAUUCUUACAGCAAGGAAUGAGAAGAGAGGAAAAGAUGCAGUCGAAUACCUUCGCCAUGAAUGUAACCUCUCAAGGGUUAUCUACCAUCCUCUCGAUAUCUUAGAUGGUGAUAGUGUUGCCUUGUUAGCUAAACAUAUUGAGAGCAGAUAUGGGAAGCUUGACAUCUUGGUGAACAAUGCAGGUGUUGGAGGAGUUGUUGUAGACCAGGAUGCCCUGAGAGCUCUCAACAUUGAUCCUGACACAUGGCUAUCGGGUAAAGCCGCCACCCUGCUGGAACGUGUGGUCGUUCAAACCUAUGAUGAAGCAGUAAAAUGUCUGAAUACCAACUACUACGGAAUCAAAUGGGUGACAGAAGGUCUCCUCCCUUUGCUCAAACGAUCCACAUCAGGAGCAAGGAUUGUGAACACCACCUCCCUUCGGUCUGAGCUGAAGAGAAUGCCGAACGAGAAGCUGCGUGAGGAGCUGCGCGACGCCAAUGCCUGGGACGAAAAGCAGAUCGAAGCCAUGCUGGACGAGUUCCUUGAGGCCCUGAAACACGGGCGGCUUGAGGAGGAGGGGUGGCCGACGAUGCUGCCGGCGUACAGCAUGUCCAAGAUGGUGGUGAACCUCUACACCCGGAUCCUGGCGCGGCGUCACCGGGAGAUGCGCAUCAACUGCGUGCACCCGGGCUUCGUCAAGACGGAGAUCAACUGGAACACUGGCGUCAUCCCGCCGGAGGAAGGCGCCAGGGGUGCCGUCAAGCUGGCGCUGCUCCCGGACGACGGCCCGACCGGGUGCUACUACGAUCAGACAGAACUGGGGGUUGCUUGGUGACCGACGACCGAGAGAGACCUUUCGGUGCUGUGGGCUUGUUCGUCCUUCCCGCAGAGAAGUGGCCGCCUGAGCUUUUCUUCUGGGCGUAGCGCCCAUGGUCUGCUUUGAUUCCUGGCCGUCCGCUAGACCGUGUGAGACGAUCGAUUCAGCUUAAGUUUUGUUUUGCCCUACACGACUGCUCGUAACAAUUUUUUGCCGUGAAGUGCAGCACAUUGUCCAUUAAAAACUUGGUUAUACCACGCACUGUACUGGGGAGGCAGACAGGCCGUAAUAAGAUGCUUUGAGCCUGUCACAUAUCCGAUACAGCUGGUAGCUGUUUCAGUUGUUGAACAGGCCCUGAAACGAUUGCAGCAUGUAUCUUCUUCUUCUUUUCUUA